UUGUUGAGCAUUUAAAUAUAAAACAAUUGUUUAUGUGAAAGUCUGCAAGAAAGCACAUAAGGAAUUCUUAACAAUACAGUUUAAUUGCUUAAUAUUUUUCCUUCUGGAAAUACUUUAAGAAAGGUAUCUGAAUUCUACAAUUCUCAGAAUUUUUGAGUUUUACACGAUAAUUCAUUUCUAAAAUGGCAAGUCAUACUUCAAAUAGCAAAAAUUAUAAUAUGAAACUUAUUGAUACUCUCUAUAAUCAGGUUCCAGCUUUUACAGAUGUAUUUGAUGAAGAAACAUGGUAUAUUUUUGUUGCCUGCUUUGUAGCAGGAACAUUUUUAGUUGCAUUCAUUCUUUCUAGAUUUAUUACACUGAAGCCUGUAGAAUAAAUUUACAGUGUUGUUUCAAAUAUCAUAAUUUAUAUUCAUAAAGAAGGCAUCAAAUACAUUCACCAAAUUUUAUUAACAUUAUAUUAUGAUAAUAAAAUUUUAUAUAUGUUCUAUAUAAUAUGUAAAUGUAAAACAAUAUAACAUUAUAUUACAAUAAAUUAGAAUAUAUAAUGUUAUAUUGAAGUACUUUCAAUUACUCGAAACAUUUAUUUAGUAGUCAUAUUAUUUUCUAUUAUAAAGCAUUAAUUAAUUACUUUUAUGUAUGUAAUCUUUUGUGCUUUGAUCAUGCAACCUAUCGGAUAGAUUGAUGCUUAUACAAAGCUUUCAUAAUUGUAUUUUUGUAAUUUUAGUGAAUAUUAAAUAAUCUGUACCUCCAAUGUAAUAAAAGAUAUCUAAUAUAUAAUAAUAAAAAAAUGGACAAAAUA